AUGGCGACUCAAGCAGCGCUGAUUGCCGACACGAUCGUGGGCAUGAAGCGGGCUCUCCGCAGAGAACGCGAUGACUCAGGACCGGACGACGCUAUCACACAGCCGACAAAUCGCGGCAACAAAAUGCGGGCCAACGCAAAGUACGUUCGUGAAGGCGCAUUAGGAUAUGUCAAUGCCGCGGAAUUUUAUAAAGAGAAGGUUGAGCACGCUGGCUAUACGCGCCACAUCUUGCGCCGAAAUCCCCUUCGCUAUGAUUCCGAGGGGGAAGAACUUGACGAAGAGGAUGAGGAUUCCGAGGCCGAUGCGGCAGCGGCAGAGGACAAUCCGUUCUCUGGGAUUGCGUUAGAGACGCUCUUGUGCCCUUUGAAACACCCCUCCGAAUUACCGGUUCAUCCUUCACUAUCUCACGCAUAUACUUCGCCAGCUCUUGAGCAAAUGACGAAUGCAGUCGAAGAGAAGCUCAGACAAGAGAAGGCUCUCUUGUGGAGAGCGAGAAAUCUACAUCGGCGAUUCCUUGGCGAUGGAACUUGGAUGCCUUGCGGGGUCGUCGAGACGCCCGAUGAUCGUCACAUCUUUGAAUCCCAACUAAGAGAUGACCAUAGAAUCCUGUCAGCAAAUUAUCAAAGGCAGGAUGCGCUUGCAUCGCGUGCGGCCAGCUUGGAGGCCAACGGUCAACACUCGGAGGGCGGAUACGCAGACAAGCUUCAAGACGAAUCGGGUGACGUGGAGAUGGGCGAAGAUUCAACGGUAACCGUGCCACCCACAGCGAGUAAUGGCCACUCUCAUGAAACGGUCACACAAUUCAAAUCCGAGGAAACCGAUGCCGGGGUGAAAGACCUCCCCCAGCACCCGUCGGAGGAGGGAGCUGAACAUGGCAACGACGGGUCGAAUGCGCGAAACGGAGACGCUGAAGAUGGACAACCGACGGGGGCAAGUAACGGUGUCAGGACCAAUGGGGAGUCUCACGCGCACGCAGAACACGACACCGACGCAGACGAAGAUGAUGCAGAAACGCACGAGGGAUCCUCACCAGAGCCACCGCGACGGAUGACAACCCGAGCGCAAGCCAAUGCGAACAACCCCUCCGAAGACGCCCAGUCUCCCACGUUCUCGAACGACUCAUUCCACGUGCAAAAUGCGCCUCACCCUCUGUUCAUGAUCCCAGAGACCGUCCGGCCCGAUUCAAACUUUGGGCUUCCUCCGAACGAAGCCGAGGACACGCGACGUUUGCUAUGGUCAUAUAUCCAAAAACAGGAAGAGACCGUUCGAGGCUUUGAGCAUAUGCUCGAAUGCCUGCUUCGAGCCAGCCACAUGAAAGCCGACGUGGUAGAAUGGUGCAAAGCCGAAGGCCACGUUGGUGAGAUGAGCGACGGCGAGGAUUGGUACGACCGUGAGAAAUGGGGUCUUGCCGAGGGCGAAGACCUCAAAAAGGGCACUGACGAAGAUGAGGUCGAGACGGUUGAUGAGAGUCGGACCACAGCCAAGCGAGGGCGUGGACGACGACAAUAA